AUGCCGUUUAUAACAUCAAGACCAGUGGCGAAAAAUUCCCCUCACUCUUUAUCAGAAACAGACUUAAACCAGUCCAGAGGACAGUCAUCUCAAUCCUCUCCUACCAAGAAAUCCGGGCCCAUGCAACGAAGAAGAAGGUCCUCUUCCAUCAGGCACGCGCUAUCAUCAUUCCUUGGUAGCGCUAAUGCUCACCCUCAUGCUGUCUUGAAUAACACAGUGAAAGGCGGCAGUGCCAACGGCAAUAUCAGAAGCAGUAAUACGGACGCACAACUUUUGGGCAAAAAGCAGAACAAACAGCCGCCACAAGAGCCAAGGCGACAUAGCACCACCGCCAUCUCGGGGCCUAUUUGCGAUAGUGCUACCACAACUCCAAGGUCGUCGACUUCAGACACUAAUCACCGUUUUCCCGGAAGACUAUCUGAAGAUCAGGACCCCAGGUUGUCAGGGGGACGCUGUUCACAGAUCGAGGAAGAUAGCACAGUAUUAGAUUUCGACGAUGACCAUAAUUCGUCGGCCGUAGCGUCGAGCGAUCUAUCAUCGACUUCCCAUUCAAAGUUGACGAAUUCGAAAAAGUUCAACGAACAGUUUCUUACAGAAUACUUGACCGCUAGAGGUCUUCUGAGCCCCAAAACUGUUUUAUCCAAUGAGCACAUGAAAAUCGCCAUAUCCACGAGCGGUGAAAGCGUUUUCCUACCAACAAUAUCCUCGAAUGACGAUGAGUACCUGGCUAGGUUAAACGGGCUUAAUGAUGGCACUGACGACGCUGAGACCGAUUUCUUCCUAGAUGGCGUAGACCAGCAAGACGGUAAUGUUUUUCCUUCCACUACGACAACAGCCACCAGAAAUGUUGAAGAUACAAAUAGAGAUACACUUUUAAGAGAAAAUAUAUCCGAGGAUCAUCCAUGCUCAACUUCUGAACCUAACACAAGAUCCGUUGAAAUCGAUAGUUCUAUGGUCUCGUAUAGCAUAGCGAUCAUAGUAUCCGUUAAAAAACCAGCCCAAUUUACAGACAUGCAAUUGGAAUUAUGUUCGAGGGUUAAGGUGUUUUGGAACACAGGUGUUCCUCCAACAAAAACAUUCAAUGAAGAAUUUUAUAAUGCUGCAUCAAUGAAAUGGACUCUAAAUAACGAAAACUUCAAUUUGUUUGUUCCAUCAAGCAUAUCUCCAGACGAUCAAAUGAUCGAAAACAACACCAACGAUCGUCAAAUGAGAUUAUUCAAAAAUAUUCCCACAGAAGAAAGGUUGUAUUUGGACAAAACCAAAACAAGAUAUAGCCUGUUGAACGCUAUAAACCUAACCAAAACUCAUCUUUAUGAACCUGGUGACUAUGUAUUCUUAGUACCGGUGGUGUUUUCUAAUCAUGUUCCAGAGACUAUCUAUUUACCCUCUGCACGUGUUAGUUAUAGAUUAAGACUUGCCACAAAGGCAAUCAAUCGAAAGGGUACAUAUCAUCAGGAUUCGAACUCUCCUCCAUUCAUUGUAUCUCCAGAUUCCUCUUCAUCGUUAAGCUCUACUACAUCUUCAUUAAAACUUACCGAGACGGAAUCUGCUCAGCCUCAUAGGAGGAUAAGCAACAAUUUAUUCAGUAAGGUUAAAAAUCAUUUACACAUGAGUUCGCACCAACUCAAAAAUGAAGAAUCUGCGGAGGAGGAGAUUUUUGCAGAAUAUCCAAUCAAAGUUAUCAGAACUCCACCACCCGUUGCUGUAUCUACUGCGAAUAAACCGAUCUACAUUAAUAGGGUUUGGACAGAUUCUUUGUCAUAUGAAAUAUCUUUUGCCCAAAAGUACGUAUCACUAGAUAGUGAAGUCCCGAUCAAAAUAAAAUUAGCGCCAAUUUGCAAAAACGUUUGUGUUAAACGUAUUCAUAUAAGUAUCACAGAAAGGGUUACCUUUGUUAGUAAAGGCUACGAAUAUGAAUAUGAUCAAACAGAUCCUGUGGCCAAAGAUCCCUACAACCCCUAUUAUUUAGAUUUUGCCUCCAAGAGAAGAAAAGAGAGAAGUUUAUCGUUAUUUGAAAUCAGAACCAAGGAAAAGGGUUCAAGAGCUCUAAGGGAAGAAAUCGUAGAGAAUUCCUUUGGUGACAAUCUUUUAUCUUAUAGUCCUAUUGAUGACGACAAUAAUUCAAAAGGCAACCAAAAGGAAAGUCUUGGCAUAACGGAACCAUUAAUUAUUGAAACAAAGUUGAAGUUUCCCAAAUACGAGGACUUAGAUAAAAGAACUGCGAAAAUUAUUCCACCUUAUGGAAUUGAUGCCUACACAAGUAUCCCCAAUCCCGAACAUGCCGCAGCUAAUGGUCCCUCUCAUCGUCGCCCAAGUGUAAUUGGCUUUUUGUCAGGUCAUAAAAGCUCAAAAAACCGUGAAGAAAAUGAGAAACCUGUCUAUGAUCCCAAAUUUCAUGCAACUACAGUCAAAUCCAAUUCUGGGUUGCCUGUAAAAACCCAUACCAGAUUAAACUUGCCGAAAAGAGGGCUAUACUUAGAUAGUUUACACUUUAGUAAUGUUUACUGUAGACAUAAGCUGGAAAUUAUGUUACGAAUAAGUAAACCUGAUCCUGAGUGUCCAUCAAAAUUAAGACAUUAUGAGGUGCUGAUUGAUACACCCAUAUUCUUGGUAUCUGAACAGUGUAACAGUGGCAAUAUGGAAUUACCUACUUAUGAUAUGGCUACAAUGGAAGGCCAAAGCAACCACACUCCUCCAAAUAUGAACAAUGACUUUUUUGGAAUCACAUGUCCGCCUCCACCUACUUUUGAAGAAGCCAUAUCCGUGCCGGCUUCCCCCAUCGUCUCACCAAUGGGAUCGCCCAACAUCAUGGCGUCGUACGAUCCUGAUUUGCUCUCUAUUCAACAAUUGAACUUAUCAAGAACCACGUCAGUUAGUGGGCCAUCUGGAUGUGGCGAUGAUCCCAACUCUUUGAGUGCUAAUCGCAACAGUAUCUCAAAUGCUAAUGCCAUGAGUGGCAGUAUUUCGAAUACUGCGUUUGUUUCGAGCACCAGUGGCCAAGGUGUUUCCAGGGCAAGAGCUACAUCAGUAAAUGAUAGAUCAAGGUUCAAUAACCUUGAUAAACUAUUGAGUACCCCGUCACCCAUUAAUAGGUCCAAUAAUUCUUCUCCAACAAAUGGCUCAUCACAAGCACACGGCCCUGUAAGGAUCUCGAACUCUCUCAACGAAAAUCUUACCGAAAGUUCAAAUGUGCUUUUCAAAAAGGAUUACACUUUAGCGAAUGCAAAAGACGAAGAACAGGAAGGUGUAGUGAGUUCAAGCUCGGCAGAUUCUUUACAUUCCUAUGGCAACGAACCUCCACGUUAUGACGAAAUAGUGCCCUUAAUGAGUGACGAGGAGUGA